UCGAGUUCCGGUUUGAGUUCCAGCCGCCAGCGCGUCCUGUCAAGUAGCGCCCGGAGGUCGUGGAGAUGGCGGCGUCGGGUCCCGCGCUCUGCCUCUUCGACGUGGAUGGGACCCUGACGGCCCCGCGGCAGAAAAUUACGAAGGAAAUGGAUGACUUUCUACAAAAAUUGAGGCAGAAGACGAAAAUCGGAGUGGUAGGCGGGUCGGACUUUGAGAAAGUGCAAGAGCAGCUGGGAAACGAUGUGGUUGAGAAAUAUGAUUAUGUGUUCUCAGAAAAUGGCUUGGUGGCCUACAAAGAUGGGAAAUUCUUGUGUAAACAGAAUAUCCAAGGUCAUCUGGGUGAGGCCCUAAUCCAAGACGUAAUCAACUACUGCCUGAGCUACAUAGCAAAAAUUAAACUCCCGAAGAAAAGGGGAACUUUCAUUGAAUUCCGAAAUGGGAUGUUGAAUGUAUCCCCUAUUGGAAGGAGUUGUAGCCAGGAAGAACGAGUUGAGUUCUACGAGCUGGAUAAAAAAGAAAAUAUACGACAAAAAUUUGUAGCAGACCUGCGGAAGGAGUUUGCAGGGAAAGGCCUCACGUUUUCCAUAGGAGGUCAGAUCAGCUUUGAUGUCUUUCCUGAGGGGUGGGACAAGAGGUACUGCCUGAGACACUUGGAAAAUGACGGUUUUAAGACCAUAUAUUUCUUUGGAGACAAAACCAUGCCAGGUGGCAAUGACCACGAGAUCUUCACAGACCCGAGAACUGUGGGCCACACGGUCACAGCCCCCGAGGACACACGCAGGAUCUGUGAGGAGCUCUUCCCAUGAUGCUAGCAGAGACCAACCUGAGGUCACUCCAGGCCAAAUCCCGGAGCCCCCAGCUCCUAGGCCUGCCGCUAGUUCACCAGCCACCUCCACUCCCAACAGUCUCCACCUCCAAUGCCAACAGCACCAGGAGAGACAUUGAGAACAGCAGUAGGCGGGGCAUGGCCUUGGUGGAGUACUGGCACAUGCAAAAAGAUGCUUAAAAGAGUAACUCCAAGAAGACGGCCCCCCUACCCCCCAGUCUGGCAACAGGUUUUGUUUGUUUUACUUCAUGGUAAGAGUAUCUGGGUCCUCCCUCUUUGCAUUGACACCAAAAGUGGAGACUUGGUGGUGGGAAGGGAGGGACACCAACUGCAGUGACCCAGAACACUUGCCCCAGUCUGACAGAGGCCUGGCAGUGUUAGCCAGAUGGCUGGACGCACCAAUUUCCAGCCCCUUUCUGCUUAUGAGCCACAGACCUCAGAGGGGCCUGCCACACGGCUGGCUGGCUGAAGACACUGAUCCCACACAGGGUGCACCUUGGCAGACCGAACUCAGGCUGCUGUCCAUAGAGCGGGGAGGACAGAGGACCAGGGGGGACAUGGGCAGCAGCCCUGUCCAGGACCUGGGCCUGAGAAGACCUUGGCCCAGCUUCUGCAGCCCCUGGAAUGUCAGGCCUCACCAAGAGGAUCCACCCUGGGUACCAGGACAGAAGCCAGCGUUCCACCUGCCCCGCCCACCGCCACCAUCUUUCCCAGGCCUGCAAGGAGCCCACACAGCGAGAAGAGCUCCCAGAACGGUUCACAUGUCAUGUCCAGGACCCAAAGCCCCUCUGUGCUUGGAGCUGGGGCCUGAGGCCCAGGACACUGAGGACUGGGAGGUGUGGCACAUUAAAGAGACCUCAUCAUUUCCUACUUUCA